CUUGGAAAUGCUGACCUUGUGUUGAAUCGUAAAGUUGGAAUUUUUAUCACUAUAAAUCCAAUCCAUUCAGAUUGUAAUGAAUUGCUCGAAUCAGUAAAAGUUCACUUCCGACCAGUGGUAAUGGCUUCUCCUAACAUGGAGCUCAUUUGUCAAGUGAAUUUAAUCUGUGAAGGAUAUAGUAAAGCAAAGAUUCUCGCCAAGAAAAUAACAGUAUUGUACAAAUUAGCUAGAGAACAAUUAUCUCAACAACUUCAUUAUGACUUCGGCUUGCGAGCACUUACAUCUUUCUUAGCUAACACUAGGGAUCUCAAACGAUGUUACCCUGAGAAAGAAGAAGAAGUCUUGCUUACACAAACUCUCAUGGAGAUAACAGUUCCUCAAUUAGUAUCAGAAGAUGUAUCUGCGUUCCUUCGAAUGAUUGGAGAUGUAUUUCUUGAGCUGAAUGAACUAGACUUAUUUCAUGCAACUAAUGUUCAGUUGAUGGAAGCAGUGGAACAAGCAUUGGUUGACAAGCAUUAUCAGGUACUACCUAUGCAGGUUAACAAAAUCAUGCAACUUAAUGACAUUAUUAAAGUAAGACACUCUACAAUGGUCAUAGGGCCUACUGGAAGUGGAAAAUCUGUCACUAUAAAAAUAUUGUCCACAGUACAAACUAAAAUGGGAUUUCCCACCAAAUUGUUUCAGUUGAACCCAAAGGCAUAUUCCAUUAGUGAACUAUUUGGAGUGUGGAAUCCCAACACCUAUGAAUGGUCAGAUGGAUUGUUCUCAUCAAUAUUUCGCAAUAUCAACCAGUCUUCUGAGAAGAAAGGAUUAUGUUUUAUAGUCUUUGAUGGUGAUGUAGAUGCCUUGUGGACUGAAACUUUGAAUUCAGUUAUGGAUGACAAUAAACUGCUCACAUUAGUUAAUGGUGAUCACAUUACAUUGCAGCAUCACUGUGGUUUACUCUUUGAGGUGGGGGACCUUCAUCAUGCUUCUCCUGCUACUAUAUCACGUUUAGGGAUGGUGUACAUGAAUUACAAAGACCUUGGCUUUUCACCCUACUGGGAACGUUGGGUGUCAAUGAGGGAAGGUCAAGAGAAAAUAAAGUUUCAGUCUCUCUAUCAGAAAUACAUUCCUGAAACUAUGGAAUAUAUACUAACAUUUAAGGAUGAAAUAAAGCUGAUUCCUCAGACAUCACUGAAUAUGGUAACCUCAGACUAA